AUGGGUUUAUUGAACUCUAUUAGGUGUGGAUGGCUGGGUACUCAAAGGAUAACAAACCAAGUACUGAUAAAGUUGCUAAGGUUCACAUAUCAAAGAAAAGAAAAAAGAAGAAGAAUAAGUAGAUUGGACAAAUUCAAUGAAAGAAGGCCGCUAGAGUCUACUGAAUUCAAGGUGGAGACAGAUUGUACCCAGUAUGACUCUCAAGAGAAUGACAGUGUUGUUGUACACAAUGCUAGAAAUGCCAACAGUUCUUUCAAUCUAGACGAUUCCCAAAAGGCAGAUGUUCUAAGUUGUUUGGAUACAAGAGAAUGUCAUCAUCAGAUUUCUGUCAAACUAAUUUGGGGUCCUCCUAGGACCAGGAAGACGAAGACAGUUGGUUCAUUACUAUUUGUUUUAUUUAGGAUGAAAUGCAGAACACUGACUUGUGCUCCAACUAACAUUGCAGUGUUGGGAGUCGCGACAAGGCUUAUGAGUUUAGUAAGAAAAUCAUUCCAGUAUGAUACUUAUGGUUUGGGAGAUGUAGUUUCAUUUUGUAAUGGGGAGAAAGCGAAGAUCGAUGAUCAUGAAGACCUUAUCGAUGUUUUUCUUGAUUACUGCAUCUCUGUUCUUGCUAGUUGUUUUGCUCUAAUGUCCGGGUGGAACAAUAGUGUGGAGUCAAUGAUAUGUCUGCUUGAAGAUGCUGAACUGCUGUACCAAUUGUAUUUGGAAAAAAAAAGGCGAAAAAUUACAAGGAUGAGGAUGACAAUGAGGAGGAUGAGGAGAAAGAGAUAAUUUUGGAAUUAGGAAGGUAAAUAACAAUCAAGAUAACGAGGGCGAUAUCUAUGAUCAAGAUUUGAAAGACACGGAUAAAAUAAAAUAAAAAUUUAGAAGAAGACAAUUGUCCAAGCAUUGAAGGAAAGAAAGAAGAAGAACAAGAAAAAACAGAACAAGAUGGAGCCUUGCCAGAGAAAAAUUCAAUUGAAGUUCGAUAACCUUUUGACAUUUGAUGAGUUUUUCAAGAUGAGAUAUGAAUUCAUUAGAAAAGCUUUCAAGUGGGUGGCGACUGUAUCAUGAAUAGGACAAAGUUCUCGACAUGAAUGGGACUUCUUCUGAGCUGUUGGAGCUGUACAAGGUCAUUGGAUUACUGAAUCUCGCUUGGAGCGUAGACAUUGUAAGAGAAAACUCAAAGACGUCCAGGUUCUAAAGGUCUAGGACACUAUUCCAUUGUUUGACAUACCAAAACUAGCUAAUUGUCUUAACACUGUAUUUGGGAAUUACACAAUCGAUUUUAUGAACCGAUGCAAAUGCAAAAGAUUCGAAGGGAAUUUAGCAAUCCCAAUGACAUGGCCAGUCGACUCAAGUGCUGGUAGGAAUACUUUUUUGGCUGAUGAUGAUCAUGUGUCGUUCUUAGAAAACGGUGAAGCUUUACUGGGUCUAAAUCAUGCGCCAGAAUCUUUAACUAAUAGAAAUCGCGUGAAGUCUAAAACGAAGAAUUAUGGAAAUCACUUUGGAAUGAAGAAGAGAUGGGACAGAGGAGCACAACAGUAGAGAGUGCAGAACAACAUUUGGUUUCAUGGAAAUAUUCGAAGAGCAGGAAAUCCACCUACAAACAAAGAUUCAAGGCACAGAUUACUGUUAUACCCUUGUUUGGUGAUGCAUUUUGGUUUCAAAAAGAUUAAAAACAUUUUACUGGUUAGACUACAUUUAUUCAGCUAUGGCUAAAUUGUUUUAGGUCGUUGUUAGUUAAUUGUAAUUGGUUUUGUUGUACUUGUUUCUUAUACUACUUUUUUGGUCUCCCCUAUUGUUUCAUGAAUGAAUGAAUGAUAGGAGAAAGAAUGAAUGUUUUUGGAGUACAUUUCUUGAUACUGAGACAAGCUAAAGCUUGAAGGAACCUCACUAAUUUAAUAGCUUAGACUCCUCUCAUUCAUUCUCCUUCAAA